GCUCGUCUGUCCUCCAGAGGCGAUGCUGGAGUUUGAAGAGACAUGAGGAUGGCUCAGGACGCAGCUUCUUCCCCAUGCCGUGCACAGACUUCAUAAGCGGACAAAGUUCUUAAAUUUAACAUUGGCCUGCGGUUUAUUCCGCUCUUCGCCAACAUGGAGUAUUGGAGGCAAUGUGCGAUGUGGCUGAUCAGCUGCAACGUGCUGCCUGCGAACCACCGGGUAACUGCGGACACGGCGCAGGUGUUCGACCUGGCGCAAACCCUGCGGGACGGGGUGCUGCUGUGCCAGCUACUCAACAACCUAAGACCCCACACUAUCAACCUAAAGGAGAUCAAUCUCAGGCCACAAAUGUCACAGUUCCUGUGCUUGAAAAACAUCCGGACAUUUCUGGCCUCUUGCUGUGAUGUGUUUGGGAUGAAGAAGAGUGACUUAUUUGAAGCCUUUGAUCUCUUCGAUGUCCGAGACUUUGGAAAGGUUAUGGACACUCUGUCCAAGCUUUCUCACACGACAGUUGCUCAGCAAGGAGGAUUCAAGCCAUUUCCAACGGACGAGAGCCUACAAAACGAGGACAUUUACAACAAUCUGGAAGACAUGAUUGAUGAGAAUGUUCCUGAGGACGAAGAUGACUUGUAUGCAGCGGUCUAUGGCCUAGAAGACGAUUAUGCUGGUGGCGAGAUCUAUGAAGACCUCAUGAGAACGGAGCAGCUUCCCCCACUGAAGCAAGCAGAGGUUGAUAUCCGAAGCUGCUGCCUUACAGAGAUUAAACAGACAGAGGAGAAAUACACGGAAACCCUCGAGUCAAUUGAGAAGUAUUUCCUGAACCCACUGAAGAAAUUCUUCUCUACUUCUGAAAUAGACAAAGUUUUUGUAAACAUUCCAGACUUGGUUAGACUUCACAAGAGCCUGAUGGCUGAAGUGCAGGAUUCCAUCUUAAACAAAAAUGCCUUAAAUCUCUACCAGAUUUUUAUCAGCUACAAAGAGAGAUUGCUCAUUUAUGGAAUAUACUGCAGUCGAGUGGAAAUUGCCAUCGCCGUUUUAGACCUCAUUUGCAAAGAGAAGGAGGAUGUUCGUCUGAAGCUGGAGGAGUGCUCCAAAAGGGCCAACAAUGGGAAGUUUACACUGAGGGACCUGCUGGUUGUCCCAAUGCAGAGAGUCCUAAAGUAUCAUCUCCUUUUGCAGGAGCUAGUCAAACACACUCAGGAUGCUGCUGACAAGAGCAACCUGAAGAUCGCUCUUGAUGCCAUGAAAGACCUGGCUCAGUACGUCAACGAGGUGAAGAGAGAUAAUGAGACUCUAAGGGAGAUCGACCAGUACCAGAGGUCUAUUGAAAACCUGAACACGCCGCUAGUCACCUACGGCCGGCCAAAGGGAGAUGGAGAGGUGCGCAUAGUCUCCAGUGUUGACAAGAAGAAACAGGACAGGCACAUCUUUUUAUUUGAUGUGGCCGUCAUUGUUUGCAAGCGAAGAGGAGACAACUAUGAGAUGAAAGACAUACUCGACCUCAACUACUUCAAGAUCACAAACAACCCCACGCCUGACAGAGAGGGUAAAAAGUGGUGCUACGGGUUCUAUGUGACACACCAGCAGGGGCACACGGGCUUUGAACUAUUUUUUAAGACCAGAGAGCUGAAGAAGAAGUGGCUGGAUCAGUUUGAAAUGGCCAUAUCAAAUAUCCGACCGGAGAAGGCCACCCACAACUCCCACCAUUUUAAGAUGCACACGUUUGAAAGGAUCACUUCCUGCAGCUUCUGUCAUCUUUUGCUUAGGGGCAUCUUUAACCAGGGUUAUCUCUGUCUAAAAUGUGGCUUGGGGGCUCAUAAAGAGUGUCUGGGUCGACUGGGAGUCUGUGGGAGAACAGCUGUUCUUCACCUCACUGCAGAGCCUGUCAAGUUGAGACCCAAGGACAACACAACACCAGCGGACCCAGGUUUGCCCAGGAUGGUUGUGAUCAGAGACUACAGUGGCAUCCCCUCUUCUCAGUGUGGGCCCCCACUGAGUAUUCACGUGGGGGAUAUCAUUGAACUGAUGUUUGCCGACUUGCACAGCUCUUGGUGGCAGGGCAAAAAUCUGGCUACAAGCAAGAUUGGCUUCUUUCCAAGCGAUGCUGUGAGGCCUUGCCCGUGUGUUCCAAAACCUGUCGAUUAUUCUGCCCAGCUCUGGUUUGCAGGGCCUAUGGAAAGAUGCCAAGCUGAGGUCGCCCUCUUGGACCGGGAAAACAGCACGUAUCUGAUUCGGCACAGGAGUAAAGAGUGCACUGAAUAUGCAAUCAGCAUAAAGUUCAAUGAUAAAGUCAAGCACAUUAAGAUUCUGACCAAGGAUGGAGGCUUUUACAUUGCCGAGAGUCGGGUUUUCAAAACUGUGCUGGACUUGGUGGAAUACUACCAACAGCACUCUCUAAAGGAGGGUUUCAGCAGUCUCGACACCACUCUACAGCACCCCUACAGGGAACAGCCCAAUGGAAACGUGCCCACGGCCAUUACCAAGGUCGGGAGUGUCUUUUCUCCUAGAGUGGUGGGUUAUGCAAUUGCACGCUACGACUUCUGCUCCAGAGACACGCGGGAGCUUUCUCUGCAACAGGGAGACGUUAUCACUAUCUACACCAAGAUGCCCAAUGGGUGGUGGAAGGGAGUAGUCGGUGGCAGGGUGGGAUGGUUUCCCUCUACUUAUGUGGAGGAGGAGGACUGACUUCGCUUGUUGGAACGUGUAUUCAGCACCCAUUCAGGCUGAAACCCUCCAGUGAACGCCAUGCUGCUCUGCCACUGUCUGGGCCCACAGUCAUAUCUCUCUUUGAUAAAAAUCCAGAGACUUGGACACAAGAGGAGGUGGCAGUGCCCUUAAAAACCUUCUCCUGUCCUCUGACAGACUCUCACACAGAAAUGUCAAAUCACAGAUUCCAGGAGCGUCAUGCCAUAUCUUACCUCUACGCAGUCCUGUCUGCCCCUGCGGCCCACUGGGAAGUACAUGUGCUGUGCCUAGAUAACCCUCCCCCUUCCCUUCCUCUCCCACUCAACUUCUCUUAUUAUUGAUGACUCCAUCAUCUGGUAUGAGUCUUGCCUUUCGUUGUUGUCACGUAUCGAGGUCAGCAAGGCUCAAUCAUCUAGCUGGACCACAGAUUCUGCUGAUAGUGCCCUGCUCAGGUACCAAAUUAAAGUGAAAGUGUUGAGAAGUUUUUGACUCUUCCUGGAACACUAUAGCCCUCAUGGCUGUGUCGAUAUUUGCGUUCAGUUCUCUUUAAUCUUGUUUUUUGCAUUCCAAACUGCGUGGACACAAACCUUUGAUAAAACUGUAACUGCCAAACUUUGAAUUUGACCCUAAUUUUAAAAAGGGGUGGAACAUGGAGAAAAAGGAUGGAACCAUGAUGGACUGAUCUGUCAGUCAGUGGACCUGUGGACGCUGAAGUGAUGCACAUCUGCAGAGAAACAGCUGAUUAUGUGGCCAUAGGACGCCACUGAUAAAGCUACAUCUCCCAAAUUAGAUUCCUGUCCUUUUAAAUACUGUUUUAUUUAAAUAAUCACCUCAACUUUAAGUGCAGCCUUCAAUAAACAUUGAGUUGAUGAAAAUCAUUAAAAAUCUGUUUAGCCUGAAAAGCUAUAGUUUGACAUUUUGAGAAAUGUACUUAUUUGCUCCUUUGGCAAAAUUAGAUGAGAAGGUUAAUACCAGUCUGAAUUUAGUCUGUUUAAUAUAAAGUAUGAAACAGUCAUUGGCAUAAAGGCUCACUUAUUGAGAGGUUAGAAUUCAUUUGUUCAAUUUGUAAUAAAGCAAAACUGUAAAACAUUCAAUGUGCGGUUUUACUUGUAUAUGUGUUGGACUUUCUUGUCAGUGGGGACUUUUUUUAUGUCUCUGUGGGUUGUCUGGCAAACCCAUAGUGAUGACGAGUGAUGUUAGAGAACUUAAGAGGGGCUGGUAGGUGGGUAUUGAAAUCUCCAUAGCAAGUUGCGUUACUGAAGCCAGUCUUUAUGCUAAGCUAAGCUAACCUCCUUGUGGCUGCAGGUUCAUAUUUAGUGGAAAGACACAAGAGUUAUCAGUCCUCUGUUACACUCACCAAGGAACUCUAUAAGCAUUUCCCAAAAUAUCAACCUAUUCCAGCCGUGGUUAUUCCUGGCCUACAAGACUACAAAUGAAUAUGGCAACUUGUCACAGUGAAAAAGGUGGUUUCACAGUGUUCCCAUUUGAUGACACUAGAGCAAAUAUAAUGCCCAGUACUCAUACAUUUUUAGACAUCAAAGAGAAAAAGUGUAUGCAUAAAAGGAAUUACAAAGCCAAAUACAUUUUAAAAGUACAUGUGUGGUGUGGAUAGGUCUAUACUUCACUAUGAGCUCCUUGAUCUUUUGAUCAUUUACUGUGGAAACCAGAGAGCCCUUUUGCAUUCCACGGAUUUUGUGUUUACCUCAACUCUCUCUCUUUUUUUUUUUU